AUGACACAACAGCUCCUACUUGUAGUCUCACUGGACCCUCGUCAGUUAUUAUCAAUUUUCCUCUUGUGUGGCAGAUUGCGUGUUUCUGAUGCAUACACUUAUGAUUAUACCAUUGGUGCCCCAGAAAACCACUGGCGCACAUUUUGGAACUCCAGUAUUCCACCCAAUGGCUUCACAAUCUGGUGGAGACUGAUACAUCAAAAAAUCUCAUGCCGUCAAAGACUAUAUGACAGGAGAGUCAAGGAUGUUGACAGUUCAAAUUGUAUAAUUUGCAACAAUCCAGAAGAUUAUUGGCAUCUCUUUUGA